AUGCCUCGAUCUGGACCGCCAUUCAGAGAACCGAUCACGUACUUUAGAUGGGACGCAAAAGAGUGGAUCAGGCUCCAUAGGACAGGAUGGAGUAUAGGCGAAAUGAACACAACAAUCGAUACACUCUGGCUCUUACAUGCAGCGAUUCGAGACUAUUACAUCGCUAGCCGAACUGCCGAUCAGCGUCGACAACCUGGACUGCCAGCGCCAAAUCCGAUACCAGCACGACCUUAUACCCCAGCAGAUCUGAUUCAUGUACAGAAUCAUGGACAGCUACCCCAACCUGCAGGCACAGCCCCAGCCCCAAUCCCAAUUGCAGCUUCUGUUUCGGUUCCAGCUCCAGUUCCGGUUCCCGCUCCUGCUGCCGGCCCAGCCCCAGCACCGCCUUUGGGAGGAGCAGCUCAUGAGCCAGUCGCACAAGGGGUAGAUGCAGGAACACAAGCAGCUCAGGUGAAUACGACAAAUUUCCUGUAUCAACCUAAUCUCCGUACUGUGAAUCAAGAAUUGCCGCCGAUGUUAAAUAUCGAUGACGGUGAAGAAAAAGGUGAAAAGGAAAGAGCAGCAGCGAAGAGGCGCAGGAUGCGUAGAUUCGAAGACGCCGGGUUACGCGACCCUGGAAGAGAGGGGCGAAAUUUGGAAUGGAGGUGCGCGAACAUACUUGGCCAAGGUACUACUGGAACUGUUACUCUCUGGGUUGGCGUUGACGAGUCGAGAACGAUCGCAGAGAGGUUAGCAGUGAGAGACGUUGCCGUUGAAUCACAGAAAUGGAUUGGGCCGAUCUUCUGGCGCGACAAGUUACCGAUGGAGCUUGCCAUCCAGACACGGCUCGAGAGACGCAAGGCACAUGAGCACCACGUGCAUAGGUACCACGGUCAUCGCAUCGACGUAAAGAAACGACGCUUUCGUGUUUUCAAUGAAGUUUGCGACAUGGGUGACAUCUGCCAGUCACUAGACUGGUAUUCGCGUCAGUGGAGACGAAGACGUAAUAUGUUUCGAUGGCAAAACUCUCAUCCUGAGAUCAGGAAUAUCUUGAGAGCACGUGGGGACAUACCGGCAUCAGGAAUAGUAGAUGUUGAUCAACAAGAACAAGACUUGAAAGCAGUGAAUGAUUGGGCUUGGUAUGCUUUCGGAAAGAAGCAGUUCCUGGAGGCGGGUAAGCCCGUACGUGCUGCCGUCCCUGGAGAACUGCCACUGCCAACCAACGUCCUUUUCGAAGAGUAUGAGAACAUGUCAGAGCUUGAAGAUUGGCACGGCGAUCCUCUCCCAGUAGAUUUACCAGGAGUCAUUCCAGAAUGGUUUCUCUGGAUAGUGUUUGACCAGCUUGUGGAUGCCUUCACCAUGUUGGGUUCGGGGCGCAUCAAUGAAGAAGACGAUGACGUCGACUGGAACGAGAUCGUGCAUCGCGACGGCCAUCUUGGGAAUGUAUUCGUGAAACCAGCCAAUGGCGCUGCUCCUUCUAUUGUCCUUGCAGACUUUGACCUCGCAUUCUUCGACUUACAGUCAGGAAAUGACGAGUACGCCGACAAUCCUACGCAUUAUAUGAUGCGAAACCACCCUCUCGACGCUAAGGAUGCUGGGGGAAGAUACGCUCCAGAGAUGUUUUGGUGCUACGAAGGUCACUACCUAGACGAAAGGCCUUCCGAAAAGAUGACGGCCAGAACAGACGUCUGGCAAGUUGGACAGAUGAUGUGGAACCUGGCUAUGAAUUCACCCGGAAAAGAUGGGUUUGUUCAGGAGCCGUUCACCUACACGGUGUCUGAUGAAGGCGAAGGAAUUGAAAAGCUUUUGAACGAUGGCUCCGAAUACGACAUCCAAAAACACAAAGACGACUUGUUUUCCGGCAAGACGCCUUUCGAGGCUUCUAAUAUGUAUAGCAGGACGCUCAAAGACACAAUCAUCCGGUGCAUGGACUACCGGCAACACAAGAGAGCUAGCUUUGCGGAUCUGAAACUUGUAACGAAGGAGUGGGCUGGGAAAGAACUUCCACCAGGCUCGAAAGCGAACGGCGAUCUGAUCAUCUGCGUUUCAGAAGCUAUGGAAGAGUUUGGGCUUGGACAGACAUAUGGGAGGAGCAAGAAGAGAAGGACAUGAGGGGUACGUAUGGCGGGAGGCCCCGCUUCGCCUCACCAACAAUCCCCACCGUCGGCUGCACCCUCGCGAGCCGUCGCGCAUACGAUCUAGCAGGAUUCCUGAAGACCACACUAUGCUUUCGAAGAAAGUAUCGUCGCAUUGAUGUCUGCAGACUAUGGCAUUCGCAUCUUGCGUUCUGUUCACUGCAACCCCUACCUAGGUACCAUGUCGCGAUGUUUGCGAAGCAUCCACACCCCUCGCCGAACACGGAUCACAGUCCGCAAUGCCAAGAUGCAGAAUUUUGCUUGACAUGCAGGAAGUACGAGCCUUUAGCGAAUCAGUGAGAAACAACGGCUGCAUCUAGCUCAGACUUCU